AUGACGAUGCCUUCCACCUCGCAACAUGCGCCGGCGGAGCCUUCCACGACCAGCUACGGACAAGUGAUCGAGUACAUUCAAGGUACCACAGCGCAGCAUCCUGCGACCACACUAGAUGGUCGCUCGCUCGCAGGAAAUAUUGCUAAUAUGCAUCUCCUCCACUACUCAGACCGCCUCUACCUCGCAUCAUACACUCAUGCGCCGGAUGAGAACACCCCGUUCCCGUACCCGAACAAGCCAGCCCCUCGAUCACCCAGCAAGCGGUCGUCAAGAGCUCAGAAUGGGCCACAAGCAGUAGUUCCAGACAGUGCGAGGGUCGCGCCCUUCUACUUCUGCAUCGACCGGAGCCUGCUGUACAACGCGUUCCAUGCGGACUUUGGUCCCCUGCACAUCGGGCAUCUGUACAGAUUCGCGGUGCAGCUGCACGAUGUGUUGGGACAUCCGGAGAAUGAGAACAGGCCGGUGGUACUCUGGAGCGAUGCGGAUUCGAGGAGUCGCGCGAACGCAGCUUGCAUUCUCGCCGUGUACAUGGUGCUUAUCCAGCACUGGCCACCACAUCUUGCGCUUGCACCGAUCGCUCAGAUGGAUCCGCCAUGCAUGCCGUUCCGCGAUGCCGGAUACAGCCAGGCGGACUACUCUUUGACGAUUCAGGAUGUUGUGUAUGGUGUGUGGAAGGCGAAAGAAGAGGGACUCGUUGGCCUGAAAGACUUCUGUCUGGAAGAGUACGAGCGAUACGAGCGUGUGGACAUGGGCGACUUCAACUGGAUCUCACCAAGCUUUCUGGCCUUCGCAUCUCCUCAACAUCAGCCGACGCAUGUCAUCAAGUCUAACGACCCAGCCUACUCCUCACUACCGCGAUCUGUGUCGGAAGUCGAGAAGGACAGGAAUCUGCCUACGCCGUUCAAGAACGUGCUCGUGCAUUUUGCAGAAAGAGGUAUUGGCUUGGUCGUCCGGUUGAACUCUGAGCUGUACUCACCAUCCUACUUCACUGCUCUUGGCAUCAAGCAUCUGGACAUGAUCUUUGACGACGGAACCUGCCCACCCCUCAACCUUGUCCGGAAGUUUGUCAACCUCGCUCACCACACCAUUGGCAAGCGAAAGGGUAUCGCAGUUCACUGCAAGGCUGGGCUUGGCCGCACUGGCUGUCUCAUUGGCGCGUACCUCAUCUACAGAAAUGGCUUCACUGCCAACGAGGUCAUCGCAUUCAUGCGUUUCAUGAGACCUGGCAUGGUUGUUGGUCCUCAGCAGCAUUGGCUGCAUCUGAACCAAGGUACCUUUAGGGAGUGGUGGUAUGAGGACACUCUCAAGGAGAAGAUCAUGGCUACCCUCCAGCCUGCCACGCCAUCAAGAACCCACCAGUCAGCCAGCCGACGAAUGGCCAGCAACGGGCAAACUUUCACUCCCCCUCACGGUGACCGCCGUGUGAGCAGCCCGCGACGAGCUGCGCUUGGCGAGAUCACGAAUAAUGAGCAGGCAGCGACCUCGACUGCAGGCUACACUUCCGACGACACGAAGGGAAGCCUUGGCGUCUCAGACGAGAACCUGCCGGCACCAACACCAGGCCAGCCGCGCAAGACGAACAAGAUCUUCGGCGCACGACGUGUGAUGACUGAGAACCAACCCUUCGACAUCAAGCCCGACACCGAAAUCAUUAGCAUGCAGCGCUCGACCAGCCGUCCGAAGGACGAAGAGACCGACGCUGCAUUACGCUCACUCGGACGCAAGGCAAGCCAGUCCCCAGUCAGCCGCAGCGGCAAGCGUAGAGCCAUCAGCUGCACGACCACCACUACCACCACGACCAAGUGGGAUGGUCUCACCUCCGCCGAGAACAGCGACAGCGAGAACCGUCCAGCCAUGAUCGAGGAGCUCAUGGCUGAUGCCAGCCCAACGCGGCCGAAGACGCCGAACGUGAAGAGCGGCAGCGGGAUGAGCAGUCUCAGCAUCGGCAAGCGCUCGUCACCUGUGCGUCGCAGCACGGAGGGCAAGACAAACGUGCGCAAGACGAGCGGACGGGUCGGGAGUGUAGGCUCGCAGGCCACGAGGGCGCACAAGGCGUCGUGA